AUGUCCGUAUCCUUCGUGUGCAUAGUCUUACGGACUCGCAAAUCGGACAUUUUACGCAAUUACAAAUGCGAAAACCCGGUGGCCCUACUAUGCGCCAGUCAACGACUCCACAGCCAACUGGACCAGAGAGCAUCUCCUCCUCAAGGGUCUCUAAACUCGCCAGAAGACCACACCGAAAGUCAAGGAAUGGAUGCUUCAACUGCAAGAGAAGAAAAGUCAAGUGACGACUCAGCUCACCAGAGAUCUCCCCCAGAGAUCCUCUCGGUACUAGCAGAGCCUGCUACAACACCACGUCGAGGCCCUGGCAGGCCGCGUAAGGACUGGGCUGCUCUCACGCGACCACCGCCGCCGCCUCCGGCAUCAGCAUCAGACAGAGCGACGACAUCUCCGUCAUCCACCUCAGCUACUCCAGCUUCCUCGUCUACGAUAUCAAACUCUCAGAUAUGCUCCCUUAAUGUCGCUGACGCAGAGUUACUAUUCCACUUUAUGGCCAACACCUCAAGGACGUUGCAUGAUGCUGAUGACCCUGCUGACGAAAUCGCAUCGUUUUGGGCUAAGAACGUCCCCCAGAUUGGCCUCUCCUACCACUUUGUCCUUCAUAUGAUGUAUGCUCUGGCUGGGUACCAUCUUGUUUAUCAGGAACCCAAGGGAACGGAGCGGCAUUCCCAAAAUCUCGCUCUCGCAGCACAUCACGCGGAACUUGGUAUCUCUGAGAUGAACAGAACUAUAACAAACCUCAGCGAGACAAAUUGCGGUGCACUAUAUGUCACUGCAGUUCUCGUCUGCUAUUGCACAUUCGCUGCUGGUCCAACGGGUCCUGAUGACCUACUGGUAUGCGUUGUGGGCGAUGGCAUUUCGCAGAGGUGGCUUCCAGUAGUACAUGGCGUUCGGUUGAUUCGACAGAGUGUCGAACCAGCAACGCUGUUUACAGGCCUCAUGGCCCCCCUUGGUGGCGGCACAAAACCGGAGCUAGAAGACCCGCGACCCGAAUAUUUGGUCAAGGGGUUCCCUCAUGUCGACUGGGUUGAGCCUCUCGAAAGGCUUCGGGUGUGGAUAGCAUCCCACGAGAACCCAGACACUGCUUUGUAUCUGAGAGUUCACAAAAUGCUGUGCGAUAUAUACGAAGCCAACUAUGGCAACUUAAAAGGGGUUAUCGAAGUCCCCAUCACUAACAAGCUUGUGUUUGGGUGGCUUUACCGGAUGCAAGACCUGUUUAUUGGGUGUCUUCAGCGCAAAGCACCACAGGCCUUGCUUCUUUUAGCAUAUUACGUCCCGUUAUUUAAGACGAUGAAGGAGUGCUGGUAUUUGGAUGGUUGGGCGGUGCAUUUGCUUGACAGGAUAAGGGGGUUAUUGAAUGCGGAUCUGCUGGGCUGGCUAGAUUGGCCGGUAGGGAUAUCUCUACAGCCUGAGGUUAUAUAA